CGGCUUCCUUGGAUUCCGCGCUUGGCAACGGCUCGGCGUCGCGCUUUGGCCAACCGCCGCGUCGUCCCUGGGCCCGACUGACUGUCGCCCGCUUCCCUCAGCGUGAGAAACUGCAGUAGGCUUCUUGGAAGUAGACCAAGGGUGUCCAAUCUUUGGCUUCCCUGGGCCACAUCGGAAGAAGAAUUGUCUUGGGCCACACAUGAAAUACACAAACACUAAGGUACAAAUGAUGCAAAAUGUGCACCUGGCUCCAGAGACAGAUGAAGAUGAUCUUUAUUCCGGCUAUAAUGACUACAAUCCAAUCUAUGAUAUCGAGGAAUUGGAGAAUGAUGCAGCUUUUCAGCAAGCUGUGAGGACUAGUCAUGGCAGAAGACCUCCAAUAACUGCUAAAAUAUCAAGCACGGCAGUUACUAGACCUAUAGCUACUGGAUAUGGGUCCAAGACAUCUCUGGCAUCAUCAAUAGGAAGACCAAUGACAGGGGCUAUUCAGGAUGGAGUUACUAGACCCAUGACAGCAGUGAGAGCAGCUGGUUUUACCAAAGCAUCUUUGAGAGGCUCUGCAUUUGACCCCCUUAGUCAGUCAAGGGGCCCUACUCCCCCUUUGGAAGCCAAGAAAAAAGAUAGCCCAGAGGAAAAAAUUAAGCAAUUAGAGAAGGAAGUAAAUGAGUUGGUAGAAGAAAGCUGUAUUGCUAAUAGUUGUGGAGACUUAAAAUUGGCCUUAGAAAAGGCAAAACAUGCGGGAAGAAAAGAGAGAGUCCUGGUGAGACAGCGAGAACAAGUUACAACUCCAGAAAAUAUCAAUUUGGAUUUAACUUACUCAGUUCUUUUCAAUUUGGCCAGUCAGUAUUCAGUUAAUGAAAUGUAUGCCGAAGCACUUAACACUUACCAAGUUAUGUUGAAAAAUAACAUGUUUAGCAAUGCAGGAAUAUUGAAAAUGAAUAUGGGAAAUAUCUAUUUAAAGCAAAGAAAUUAUUCCAAAGCCAUUAAAUUCUACCGAAUGGCAUUAGACCGAGUUCCAAGUGUCAAUAAGCAAAUGAGGAUUAAAAUAAUGCAGAACAUUGGAGUUACAUUUAUUCAGGCUGGUCAGUAUUCGGAUGCUGUUAAUUCAUAUGAGCACAUAAUGAGCAUGGCACCAAAUCUGAAGGCAGGCUACAACCUAAUUAUCUGUUAUUUUGCUGUUGGAGACCGAGAAAAAAUGAAGAAGGCAUUCCAAAAAUUGAUUGCUGUUCCAUUAGAAAUUGAUGAAGAUAAAUAUAUUUCACCAAGUGAUGAUUCUCAUACUAACUUAGUAACUGAAGCUAUAAAAAAUGAUCACCUCAGGCAAAUGGAACGUGAAAGGAAAGCCAUGGCAGAAAAAUACAUUAUGACAUCUGCAAAACUCAUCGCUCCUGUAAUUGAAACAUCUUUUGCUGCAGGUUAUGACUGGUGUGUGGAAGUGGUGAAAGCUUCUCAAUAUGUAGAGCUAGCCAAUGAUCUGGAAAUAAACAAAGCAGUUACAUACUUGAGACAAAAAGACUAUAACCAAGCUGUAGAGAUCUUAAAAAUGUUGGAAAAAAAGGACAGUAGAGUGAAAAGUGCAGCUGCAACCAAUCUCUCAGCCCUGUAUUAUAUGGGAAAGGAUUUUGCACAAGCCAGCAGCUAUGCAGAUAUAGCUGUGAACUCUGAUAGAUACAAUCCAGCAGCUCUUACUAAUAAAGGGAAUACAGUUUUUGCAAAUGGUGAUUAUGAGAAGGCCGCUGAAUUCUAUAAAGAGGCUCUAAGAAAUGAUUCUUCUUGUACUGAAGCACUUUAUAAUAUUGGCCUUACCUAUGAGAAACUAAAUCGGCUAGAUGAGGCUUUGGACUGUUUCCUGAAACUUCAUGCAAUCCUGCGAAACAGUGCCGAAGUUCUUUACCAGAUAGCAAAUAUAUAUGAAUUAAUGGAAAAUCCCAGUCAAGCUAUUGAAUGGCUAAUGCAGGUGGUCAGUGUUAUUCCAACUGAUCCUCAAGUUUUAUCUAAACUAGGAGAAUUAUACGAUCGUGAAGGAGAUAAAUCUCAAGCUUUUCAGUAUUACUAUGAGUCAUAUAGGUAUUUUCCUUGUAAUAUUGAAGUCAUUGAGUGGCUUGGAGCCUAUUACAUUGACACCCAAUUUUGGGAAAAAGCUAUUCAGUACUUUGAAAGAGCUUCUCUUAUACAGCCUACACAAGUGAAAUGGCAGCUGAUGGUAGCUAGUUGUUUCAGAAGAAGUGGUAACUACCAAAAAGCAUUAGAUACUUAUAAAGAUACUCACAGAAAAUUUCCAGAAAAUGUCGAAUGUCUGCGUUUCUUGGUUCGUCUCUGCACAGAUCUUGGAUUAAAAGAUGCUCAAGAAUAUGCCAUAAAACUGAAGAGGUUGGAAAAAAUGAAAGAAAUAAGGGAACAGCGCAUAAAGUCAGGCAGAGAUGGCAGUGGGGGCUCCCAUGGCAAAAGAGAAGGAAGUGCUAGCGGUGAUAGUGGCCAGAACUAUAGUGCCAGUAGUAAAGGUGAACGACUAAGUGCCAGACUCAGAGCUUUACCUGGGACAAAUGAACCUUAUGAAAGUAGCAGUAACAAAGAAAUAGAUGCCUCCUAUGUGGACCCACUUGGCCCUGAAAUAGAAAGACCAAAAACUGCAGCCAAAAAAAAGAUCGAUGAGGAUGAUUUUGCUGAUGAAGAAUUAGAUGAUUUGCUUCCAGAAUAAUAUUCAGUUUAAUAUGUUAUUUAUUAAAGGAAAGAAAUUGCCUUAUGAGAUCAUCCUUAUGUUAAACCUUGGAUUAAAUAUCUAACCUAUAAUUUUUUUUCACUGUCAAAACUUUAAAUAAGUGUAUUCUAUUCUGUAUGUAUGCAUUUAAGUUGUUUUUUUCUUUUAAGGAAUAAAAACAGGUAAAACUAA